AUGGCGAUAAGCUGGACUCUCGGCGUCACCAUCGCCUUCGCCAGUGGUUUUGCUCAUGGCGCGCAGCCAGGAGCUGUGCAGCCCGUCGCCGCCCCCAUGCGUGAUUUGACUUGGGGACAGCUCAACUUUCUGCACACCACCGACACACACGGCUGGCUGAGUGGCCAUCUAUUAGAACCCCAAUACUCUGCCGACUGGGGCGACUACAUUUCCUUUGCCCAACACAUGAAGAAGCGCGCCCAUGAUACCGGAAGCGAUCUGCUGCUCGUCGAUACAGGUGACCGAGUAGAAGGCAAUGGCUUGUACGACGCAUCAAACCCCAAGGGUCUAUUCUACUACGACCUUUGGGCGGAACAGCAUGUCGACUUAAUCUGCGUCGGCAACCACGAGCUGUACCAGGCUAGUACCGCCGACUACGAGGCAAACACGACCGUCCCAAUAUUCGGCGAUAAAUAUGUGGCUUCUAAUGUUGACUUGAUUGACCGGGAGACGGGCAAGCGGAAGCCACUGGCACAGCGGUACCGCAAGUUUAAAACAGAGAACCGAGGACUCGACAUUGUAGCGUUUGGCUUCCUGUUUGACUUUCAAGGGAAUGCAAACAAUACGGCAGUGCAGCCUGUUGCGGAGACCAUCAAGGAGAAAUGGUUCCAAGAAGCUAUUCGAGAGAAACCAGACCUUUUCGUCGUGGCUGGCCAUGUGGGCUUGCGCAUGCCAGAGUUCCGCACCAUUUUCACGGCUCUGCGAAAGCAGAAUUGGCACACUCCAAUUGUAUUUUUCGGGGGCCACGCUCAUGUGCGGGAUGCCCUGAGCUAUGACUCGCAAGCAUUUGCCAUGGCUUCGGGACGAUAUUUUGAAACUAUUGGCUUCAUGUCCAUUGGUGGCAUACAAAAGAAAUCAAGCGACCACGUCUCCGCCGCAGCAUCAUUCAAUUUCAACCGCAAGUACAUGGACACGAAUCUUCUUGGCAUGUACUACCAUACCGGGCUCAACGACACAACAUUCCCCACCGACGACGGUAGGCGUGUAUCCGAACACAUUGCACGCGCACGCAAAGCAUUGGAUCUGGACCACCGCUACGGUUGCGCCCCCCAAGAUCUGUGGACAAAUCGUGCCCGGUACCCCAGCAAUGAGAGCAUCUACUCUUGGAUUCAAGACCAAGUGCUGCCCGACGUUGUUGCAAACAAGAAGCGCAAAGACAAGCCCCGUCUUGCCAUUCUGAACACGGGAGGGAUCCGAUUCGACAUUUUCAAAGGCCCCUUCACCCGCGACUCGACAUACAUUGUCUCUCCAUUCACAAGCGGCUUCAACUACGUUCCUGACGUGCCCUACAAGAUUGCCAGCAAGGUCCUGACGAUUCUGAACAGCGCAGAUAAGAUCUUGGGCACACAUGGCGCUGAAACCAAGUUCAUGGCGAUUCCAGAAAUGAUGUUCACCUCCGGCCAGGCCCAAUCACCGGCGCCCACAAAGCAGGAGGAGGAGAGCAAGAGACUUGAACUGCGCAGUGCAAAGCCAGCUUUGAUUAGAGGCUACACCACAAAGGAUGAUAUUGGUACAGAUGGCGAUGAUACCGUCCACGAAGCCAUUCCGUUCUAUGCCAUUCCCAAUUGCAUACAGUCACGGAUCAAUUUCCCCGAAAAAGGGGACCCCGAGACGGUCGACUUGGUUUAUAUAGAUUUUAUUCAGCCGUGGAUCAUGCCGGCAUUGAAGUUUGCAGGCGGCGACUACAGCAGUGAUGAUGCCAGGGUCUACAUGGACGGCACGCUGACUUACAAGCUCAGCGAAUGGAUCAGUAAGAACUGGCAGGGCGAUUGUUGA